CUAAUACCAGAUGACUGACAAAAGAUGACCUCACUAAAAUUAUCAGUAAUUCCCCAUUUCUAAGUCAUCCGUAUAUUUUUGCUGCCAUGUCUCAAGUGAUACUUAGCCGAGUCAUGAACUUUCUCAACCACCUCAGGCCGCAAGUCAACCCAUAUCGAGAAACGGCCAACUAUUUGGUAACAUUGUUUCAGGUGCGUUACCAUAUUCCGAGGAAUCUUGAUAGAUUUUUGGGGAAUGUAUAUGGAAGGCCUCUAUUUAUUCGCCCUUGAUCUCUUCGUACCUGAAGCCAUCUCCUUUACCUGAAUGGUCGCAUGAUCUCCAAAUCUUGAGCGCAGCAGGUUUUGUGAUACUUAUCUGUCUAUCCUCUUACCUUCUGUAUGUUCGAUCAAAAGAAAGAAAAGUCUAUCAG